AGCUUUACCAAGGGACCAGUGAGUGCAUAUAUUCUGUAGGUUUACAAAUACCGCACGCUUCCUUCUUAUCGCUUACUUUACUGUAUUGAAUCCAUUCCAAUUGGAUGCAUUUUUACGCCUUUCAUAAAUAUAUCAUAAGUGAUAAAUUUAAUUGUAUAUUCACUCCUCAGCCUUCAAACCCGUAUAGCAGAAACAGUGUUGUGGACCGUCACACAGGCAAGUGCAACAUGUAACGUUUUGUGCGAAAACUAGUAGCACUUUGUAGCAAACUUUCCUCACUUUUGUGCUCGCACCUUUUCUGCAGCCUACAGCCACAUCAUCUCUGCUGCUGUAGAAGGAGGGGGCAGUAACUUCAGCUUGCAAGGGCUGCAGGUUUUGGUGCCUGCUUGUUACAGUUUUGUGAGUAAUUUGCUCGGAUGGAUUACAUCAGACGCAGCAACGAGUUGUGUAAUUGCUUGUUGUGGUCCUUGACUUGGGCUCUCCAAAGUAUAAGCUCUGCUUAGAAAGUGAAUCCGCCCUUUUAUCCGUUUCCUGAAUCGAGGUAGUUAACCUAAAGCAGGAUAUAUACUGGCACACAUGGCCUUCAUCAUAAAACACAAAACUGAGAAAUGGAGAAAAUGUGUGACAUUUUGAAACUAGUAAAUGGAGUACAAGGCAAAGAGCAGGAGAGAGAUAAACACAAUAAAGGUUUGCUGAGCUCACAAACAUAAUGGGAAGCUCAGAAGAUGUCCUAACAUUAAAAACAUCUUGCAAUUUUUUUGGAUUUCCUUUGUGGUCCACAUGCCGCUGCCCUUUUCUUUUGUAGUGGUUUUGAAGUACAAAAGAAUUAUUUGAAGGCAUCAUGUGGCUUAAAUUUGAUCCUUAAAGUAUGCUGACAAUUGCCAGUUUUAGACAGAGACACUGUCUUUGGAAGGUUCUUCAGAAUAGUUUCAGAGGAAUUAAACAUUUUGUUGAGCCCAGAUUUUGAUCUUGGUUCCUUUCCUAAAAGAGUUGACGUUGCACAAGGCAGCAGCUGAAAGGGUGGCACCCACCACAGAAAAGGAUAUCUGAAUACAGAGAUGCUUUAAGUAGCAGUGGCAAGAGGAGGAGGAGACAGCACUUGUGUUUAAAACUAUGCUUAUUUUUCUUGAUGACAAGGAAAUGCCUCUGAGAAGGAGGUCCCUUUUCUUCACAUUAAACUGAGAGCUGAACUUAGCAUAUGAAAGACUACAAGCUCAGAAUGUGAGCCUCUUCAGGGGCCCAGCAUUAACAGACUUUUUCCAAGAAACGUGAACACACACCAUAUGGUAGUGUGGAACUCUUAAGGCCAGAUGAAUGGCAUACCUGUCUGAUGAAAUGUGCCAUUUAUAUUAGAGGAACAGAGUUCAACCACAGCUACAAUGCCAAACACAAGGACAUAUUUUAUUAGUGAAAUGCAGGAGAAAUCAGACUCUCUGUAUGGGAAAUAUUGUCGAAUUAGCCAACACCAGCCACUUUUAUGUUUCCUACUUUUAAUUGUUAUCUUGUCUUGCCUUGCUUUGAUUAUCUUCGCUUUUUCACUGCACGAGAACCCUGGGAAUGAACUUCCUUUCUUAAUUACAGUGGUCAUCAUUCUGGUAUUGUUUACAGCAUUUCUAAUCCUUACCUGCACGGAUUCUUUAUUUCAAAGAUGGCUGAAGGUUUUUGCAGUAGUGAUCUGGAUUUGCCUGCUCACAAUGGGAUUUAUUUUUGUUUUCGACAGUGGGAAUAUCUUUGCUUGGGAUCAGGUGCCAUUUUUUCUCUUCAUAAUCUUCGCAACUUACACACUGCUACCAUUUCGGAUGCAGGAAGCCAUCAUAGUCAGCACCCUUACAUCGCUCUCUCACAUUGUUGUCCUUAGCAUUGCUGUGAAGCAACCCUGGAACACACUAGUACUUCAGAUACUGGCCAAUGCAGUCAUUUAUCUUUGUGGGAAUCUGGUGGGAGCAUUCCACAAACACCUGAUGGAACAUGCCUUACAGCAGAUGUACCUACAUACAUACGAAUGUAUCAAACUCCAAAUGAGGCUUGUGGUUCAGAAGAGGCAGCAAGAAGACCUGCUUUUGUCUGUGCUGCCUGUAUACAUCUCCAUGGAAAUGAAACUUGCUAUAAUAGAGCGGUUGAAGGAAAGUAGCACUCAGACUCAAAUUCGAGAUCACAACUUUCACAGCUUAUACGUAAAAAGACAUCAGAACGUGAGUAUCCUGUAUGCCGACAUCGUGGGAUUCACACGUCUGUCCAGUGAGUGCUCGCCGAAGGAACUAGUAGUGACACUGAAUGAGCUGUUUGGCAAGUUUGAUGAUAUUGCAAAGGACAAUGAGUGCAUGAGAAUUAAGAUCCUUGGGGAUUGCUACUACUGUGUUUCUGGCUUGCCGGUGUCUUUACCGAAUCAUGCCAAAAAUUGUGUGAAGAUGGGCCUUGACAUUUGUGAAGCAAUCCAGCAAGUGAAGGAAGCCACUGGGGUAGAUAUCAGCAUGAGAGUUGGUGUCCAUUCUGGCAAUGUUCUCUGUGGUGUCAUUGGCCUUAGAAAGUGGCAGUUUGAUGUUUGGUCAGAUGACGUUACUUUAGCUAACAAAAUGGAGUCUGCAGGACUACCUGGCCGUGUGCACAUAACUGAAUCUACCCUCAGUCACUUGGGAUCCGCAUAUGAAGUGGAGGUAGGAAAUGGUCAUCUGAGAGACCCCUACCUUAAAGAACUGAACAUCAAGACAUACCUGGUGAUUGACCCCAGGUCUAAACAUCCAAAGCCACAAAAUUCCCAACUUGCUAAGCCAAAGGCUAAUGAUGGGCUGAAGGUUCGAGCUUCGGUGCGUGUGACUCGCUAUCUGGAAACUUGGGGAGCACCAAAACCAUUUGCCCAACUACAGCACCGAGACAGUUUGAGCAGUGAUGCUUCGACUACCAGCGAUACUUUAAAAGUGAGUGAACAGUUAGGCUCUCAAGGUUCCCUUCCCAAGUCACGUGCUUCUGAUGGGCUGAAGAUGCGAGAUUCGGUUCGUAUGACACGGUAUCUGGAGUCUUGGGGAGCACCAAAGCCAUUUUUCCACCUACAGCACAGAGGCAGUGGUAGCAGUGAUCCAUCAUCUGCCCAUGGACGUCUAAAUGGGGAACUCCAUCCAUCUAAUGACUGGGAUAGAAGUAUACCCAGGAACAGGUCACAGAAGAUUAAAAUGAAUGAAGAAUUUGAAGAAAAACUAGGAGAAGCAAUUGAAGGGUUCAGUUCACGCAAGCAGUGGAUUAAAUCAGAAGACUUCUACAGGCUCUUCCUUUGUUUCAGUAAAAAGGGCCUAGAAAAACAGUACCGUGGCAUCAACAUUCCAGGAUUUAAGCACUAUAUUGCUUGUUCUAUGUUCAUAUGUGUUUGUAUAUUUGUAGUACAGAUGCUGGUAACAAGCAGAAAAGAUUUUCAAAAUUUAGGAAUAUCAUAUGGAGUAGCACUGUGCAUUUUCGUAGUGAUUAUGUUUGCCUGCUUUGCUGGAGACAUGUUGCGUAUUACAGAAUGCAAUUCCUGUUUAGAUUGGCUGUCUGCCCUUUCAAGCACGGUGGAGAGAAGUUCACUUUUGCGUCUUCUUCUGACUAUGAUUACCAUGGGCAUCAUACUCAUCCUCGCCAUUCUUAAUCUGUGCUUGGAAAGAGGUCCUUCUAUACAGUUGGCAUCUGAAUGCUGUGGAGAGUGCAAAGAAAAUCUUGCCAGCAUACCGUAUUACAUAUACUGCUGUAUUCUGGGACUCAUUGCCUGCUCUAUGUUCCUGCAUGUGGGCUUUGAACUAAAGCUGAUCUGCCUAAUCUCUGCAUCCAUGGUUUAUUACAUCAUCAUCUGGAAGACACAUGCAUGUCUCUUUAAUGCCUAUAAAUAUGAACUUCUCAACAUCAACUGUACACAGUCCAGCAAUUCAACACUGGGAUUGAUGAAGGAUCCCAAACUGAUGAGUAGCGCUUAUCUCCUGAUCUUUUUCAUAACUCUGUUCUUUUUAUCAAGACAGAUGGACUAUUACUGCAGACUCGAUUUUCUGUGGAAGGAUAAAUUUAAAAAAGAAGAUGAAGAAAUGGAGACCAUGGAGAACCUGAAUCGACUUCUUUUGCAGAAUGUGCUUCCAGCUCAUGUUGCUGCCCACUUCACUUACAGAACUUCAAAAAAUGAGGAUCUGUAUUAUAAGGACUAUGAGUACGUCUGUGUCCUGUUUGCUUCUGUGCCAAAUUUCAAAGAAUUUUACACCGAGUGUGAUGUCAAUAAUGAAGGCCUGGAGUGUCUGAGACUACUUAAUGAAAUAAUUGCAGACUUUGAUGAGCUCUUGUCCAAACCUAAAUUCAGCAGUGUUGAGAAAAUCAAAACCAUUGGAAGUACGUACAUGGCAGCAACAGGGCUUAGCAAUACUCAAGGUCAAGAGAAUCAGGACAGUGAAAAAUAUCAUGCGCAAACUGGAAUCAUGGUAGAAUUCGGAAUUGCAUUAAUUGGUAAACUAGAUGGUAUUAACCGACAUUCCUUCAAUAAUUUCCGUCUCCGGAUGGGAAUGAAUUAUGGACCAGUAGUAGCUGGUGUUAUUGGUGCCAAAAAACCUCAGUAUGAUAUUUGGGGAAACACCGUCAAUGUUGCUAGCAGAAUGGAAAGCACUGGUGCUCUUGGAAGAAUGCAGGUUACAGAAGAAACGAGCAUUAUUCUGCAGAAACUUGGUUAUUCCUGCGAAUGCCGAGGACUAGUGAACGUCAAAGGCAAAGGGGAACUGAAGACCUAUUUUGUUUGCAUAGAUAUGUCAAAAUCACAGGGCAUUGGAUCCAACUAAGUAUUCUUUCAGGAGCAAAUUCAAGUGGACACCUUUAGACUAAGUAAAUGAUGAUAAUGUAUAUUUAAGAACAAUGUCUGACUAAUAUUAGAGGAAAUAGUCCUACUGGGCUUUAUUUUGUUUCAGAAUUUGAAAACCACGUUUUACAGUUCAUUUAUGAGGUUCCUGAAAAUGAGACUUUGAAUGUUCACCAUAUUGGUGUCAACACAGAGACGAUGUUAACUCUUGAUAUGAUUCCAUUACAGUUUUUUUCUUAAAUUUGACAACACCCAGCACCCAUUCCAUUUGCAUGGGCAGCAGGGUUGUUGGGUGAACAACUGGAAUCUGGGAAUUUGUCAAAUAAAAAGAACAAGGACAGAAGACAGAGAUGUGUGCACAUACACAAAAAAAUACAAAAGGAGCAGUCAUUCUCUGUUCCUGACUGAAAAUAUAAUGACAGCACAACAGGCCAUACCAUAUCCAGAACAAUGUUCAGAAACCUAACUGCAAAGUAAAAUUUUGUAACUUCUUGGCCUUGUUUCAGAUUUAGUCAAAAGACCUGCUCUACCAUGGUGGUACAUAAAAGACAGCUUUACUAUAUCAAAGAAAUGGUGGUGCAUUCUGAAGAAAAACACUGUUCAGACUGUAAUUUCAGAAUGAUAUACAGAUGCUGUUUCCUUGUAUUAGUAACUGUAAAAACGCAGCAGAAAAAUGCCACUAUCGUGUGUAUCUGACCAGUAUUUUUUGGACUGUGUAAAUUUAUUUAAUGAGAAUGCCCUGUCAUAAGGAAGUUAUUUUUGAAGCACACACAAGCCAUCUUUUAUAAUUUUCUCAUCUUGCCAUCAGGAGACUGUCUUCUACGAGCUUCAUACUGAGAAAUAAUUGGAGCACCUUUUUACCUCUGUUGCUUUAACUGCCUGCUGUUGUUCUGAGUAACACACUUUUGAGAUGAGGUGUAUGAAAUGCACUUUUUUAUUUGUUUUUCAAUAAAAUCCUUCAUAAAUUUUCUCUGAGAAGGUGUAAUAAAAAUAGUGUUGCAAAACUGCUGACAUGCCCUGUAUACACACAUUUUCUUUCACAAGUAACGUAGCACAAGCAUGUGUGCUCCCUGUGAUUUUUAAAAGGGCAUAGGUCAAGUAAAGUAGCACAACAUGUGUGCUCCCUGUGAUUUUUAAAAGGGCAUAGGUUAAACGUUUUCCGUGGCCAUCUAUAAUGAAAAGUGAAUGAAGUACUGGUUGCGUACCCUGUUAGUCAUUCUUUGUUUGGCUGUCUUUCAUUUCCAUUAUAAAGCCUACCAAUAGAAACAUUUCAGCCUUGGUUACCUCACACAGAAGAAGUGCACAUACCAUUCUGCAAUCUGGUUCACAAUAGGUAUAAACACUGAGACAGAUUUCUUUUUUAUUUUUUAACUUUCUCAGAGAUAACUUAUGGAAGAUUUUUGCAAGUAAAUUAAUGAAAUAGGAGCAAUCAAAGAGCCUAACAUGGAGCUCAGGGAAAGCCUGGUUAACAGUACCAUGAAGGAAGGAUUUCCUGCUUUAAAGUGUUGCACAGAUAUAUGGUAAUCCUUACCAAACUGAUUUGUUUACAUGUAUUUCAGUUUCCUAUACCAGCCUUUUCCAGCAUCUUAAUGAUACAUUUUGUAUUACAGCACAUGACUAGAGAAAACAUAUAUUUUUUUUCUUUUUCAGGUGACCAUUUUAAAGGGAAUUUACUUUCUUACUAAUCUCUUUAUGUAGUAUCUUUCCCUGUAUCAAAGUCUAUAAACAAACAACCUAUAAUUCGUAUUCCCUCCCCUACUUACUGUUUCUUUACAGAAACCACUUCAAGCCUGUGAUGACUGCAUCUGCUCUGUGGAAAGAACAAGAAGCUGUGUUUGUUUUUUUGUGAUAGUAGAGCCUGUUAUGGGUGGAAUUCAUGACGUAAUUUAUAUUUCUAGAUCAUCCUUCCAUAAGUACAGCGUUAUUUUUUGUGAAUGAUACACUGAAUGCACUAUAAAAUACUCUUGGUCAUUGCAUCAUAACUUGCUUUGCCUUUUUUGUGUUAUAACCAAUUAUCAAAUGUCUGGCACAGUGGUGCAGCAGAUAGUGCUGUCACCUCACAGCAAGAGGUUCCCU